AUUCUCUCUCUCUCCUCUCACUUUCUCUCUAUCUCCUAUGCGACUCACUGAGAGCAAAUGGGGAAGAAGCUGGACGCUUUGCUUGGUCGGAGUUUCAAAACCAACAAGUUCAAGUCUCUCCUCAACUUAGCUCUCACGAGGCUCUCUAUUCUCAAGAACCAACGUCAAGCCAGAUGCUCUCAAGCCACCUCUGACGUCACCGAGCUCCUCAAGCUCGGCCACCACGAGAACGCUUACCACAGAGUCGACCAAGUCAUAAAAGACCAAAACACCCUCGACGUUUUCUUCUUCAUCCAUGGCUACUUCACUCUCUUGCUCGACCGUCUUCACCUCUUCGAACACAACAGAGAUUGCCCUGAAGAGCUUCUUGAAGCUGUUUCCAGCUUGCUCUUCGCGGCUUCUAGAAUCGGAGAGUUCCCUGAGCUUCAAGAGAUUCGUAACGUUUUGAUUUCGCGUUUUGGCAAAGAUCUCGCGGCUCGUUCCAUUGAGUUGCGCAAUAAUUGUGGGGUUAAUCCCAAAAUAAUUCAGAAGCUGUCGACAAGACAUCCACCGAAAGAAGUUAGAAUGAAGGUCUUGAAGGAGAUCGCUGCAGAGAACAACAUUGUUCUGAAACUAGAAGAAGCUUCUACUUCCACUGAGAGAACAUCAGAUGUUUCUAAGGCUAAGUUAACAAGUAACGAUGGAAAAGAAGAAAUGGGAGAAGGUUAUGAGUUAUCUGAUUCGGUUAAGAGAGGAAAGAAGAAAUACAAAGAUGUGGCUGAUGCUGCACAAGCAGCGUUUGAGUCAGCUGCUCAUGCAGCGGAAGCUGCACAAGCGGCUGUGGAGCUUUCUCAAUUUUCUCCUCGUGGAGGGGACAAUCCGGGUAUCAAUGGUGUGGGAAAUUCAUCCAAUGGUUCCGAAAACAAGAAAUCAGAACAAACACAAGAAGGUAAUGAUGAAGAUUUUUCAGAUGGUGAAGGAUCCAGCCAAGAGGAUGUAAGGUCACAAUCUAAGAGGUCUAUCUCGGAUUCAGAAGACAUUAUUGAGGAUGUCCCAGUGAUGUCAUUUAGAGAAGACCCUGUGAAGUUGUUGGAGAAAGAUGUUGUCAUCUACGACAGUGAGGAAGAAACUCCAUAUGGCGCUAAGACUAAUACUACUAUCAAGGUUAAAGGUGAGCAACAUCUUAUGCAUGGUUCGGUUGAAGAUCCUAUUAUGCGUAAAGUGGGUUUGAAAGGUCCGAUUUCAGUCAGGACAAGACAGGUUCGUGGAUACUAAGAAGUAUAAUUUUUGUUAUUCAGAUGCAUCUAUGGUUUAAUGAUGAGUUUUGUACAAUCUUUGUCUGUGUUUUUUUCUUUUGGUCAAGGGUGUCAGAUUAUUGUAUUUUUUAUGGAUAUAAGCUUUCAAUUUUGUUGAAACAAUUGCAUAUGCGUGUAGUCAAGAAAAGUUUCUAGAAAAGUUUGACUUGAGCGAGAUU